AUGGUCUUGAUCAUAUGUCCCAUGCUGGCGGGCGAGGGUGUGCUGAAUGGACUACGAGGAGCAUUCAGGAGGAUUGAGGACAAGCUGGACAGCUUGAACUUAGAGAUGAAGCAAGUCUCAGUUCUCUUCGACGAUUCCACAUUGGGAUCGAAACUGGCUUUGUACAAGGCGCCGCGCAACUCAGAGCGCCCAACCCAGGAUUCCAACGUCUUUGCUCGCAACGACUUUUGGUCGGUGCAUGCUUGCAAGCCGAGUCCACCUCUCCCUGACAAGGAAGAGACAGCACAGUGGGUGGCAAAUCCAAGCACGAUUCGUGCCAUCCUUGAAGGGUGCUUGUCUCGUGUCAGCACCAUGAAGGGCCAGGUCUGCUGCUUGCGCCACUUCAGUCCAUACGACGGGGUGUUCCAACGAGUUGCAUUGGGCCUGAUGUCGGAACUACAGCAAGAUGUCUACCUGGGCUUAUUUUCAGAGACAACCAGUCCAACCUUGUGCUCCUAUGUUGUGGGCCAAAUGAAGGACAAGCUCCUGGAGGAAUGGAAGGCUGGUCAAGGACUCCUGGGUCAAUCAAGCCAGAAGUUUCAGGCAUCCCCGGACUUGAGUACGCAGACCAAGCCAAGGGAGCCAGUGCUGAAGCUUUGCACCAUGACCGAUGGACAUCUUACCAUGCCCAAAGAUGUGCGGGAAAAGUGGCUGAGCUGCCCCGUGCGCAACCCUGAUUGGCGACAGCGCUUGAAGAACUUCGACAACGUGUUUGCACCCGUGACCAAUGGAGAAGCUGGAGCACCAGCACCAAUGGUGACCUCGAAGACCAGUGCAGACUUGGACAACCAGAUCCCUCUGGUAUCCGAGACUUUCUGCGAACCUCCUCCGUCCCUAACUUCAGAGGAGUUUCAAUCAAAGCGCCCGACAUUGGUGGCCACAGUGACAUUGAGCAUGGGAAUCAAUGUCACUUGCAGCGUAGCAGAUGACAAGGUCUACAUCACGUCGGCUUCCAAGGCAAAGGAUUUCCUGACGAAGGAUGGCAAUGAGAACAAAGCCAUCGAAUUCCGCUUGGAUUCACAAGAUGACAUUGCACUUUGUCAGAACUGA